AUGGAAAGAUAUUUUUCCAAGAAGAGAAGUCGAUCACCUGACCCAGAUAAUGAUGGGGGGACAUCGAGGUCACCCAUCAGAUGUAAGCAAACUGCAUCAAAUGUCGCUGCAAGUAGUCUCCCAAAGCCUUCUAUCCAUAAAGAGAUUAAUUUAGAUGAAUUGCCCUACGAUCCGGCUGAUCGGAAGAGAAUUUCGGAGUACACAAGAAAUCCUAAGAAACAAGAUGAGAUUAGGCGACGAUAUUUAACAAGGGGACCUUACAGGCCGCCGUCUACUUUUGUUUAUCCACACAGGGACAUUGGAGAUACACAACGAAGAUUUAAUCCAGAGUGGUUUAAAGAUUAUGGUCGUUGGCUUGAGUAUAGUGAUAAGGUGCAUAAGGCCUUUUGUUUAUGUUGUUAUCUUUUCAGAGAUAAUAAUGAGGGACAAGCUGGGAGUGAUGCAUUUGGAAUUAAUGGUUGGAACGGUUGGAACAAGAAAAGUAGGCUGGAUACCCACGAGGGUAAAGGUAAUGUUAACAGCUUUCAUAAUGUAGCAGUAAAACGAUACUUGUUGCAUCAAGGCUUAGCUUUCCGAGGCCAUGACGAAACAGAAGAGUCAAAAAAUAAGGGAAACUUUCGAGAGUUGGUAAAAACUUUGGCAAAUCAAAAUGAUGAUAUACGAAAAGUAAUAACUUUGAAUUCUAUUAUCGAAGAAAUUGGAGGUGAUGUGUUUAGUUUGUUGAUUGACGAAGCUGCUGAUGUGUCUGACAAAGAGCAAAUGGCAGUUGUUUUGAGAUAUCUUAGCAAGCGUGGAUUUAUCAUUGAACGAUUAGUUGGAGUAGUACAUGUGCAAGAAACAUCGGCAAUAUGUCUUCAGGCCGCACUUCAAAAAUUAUUCACCGAUCUUGGUUUAAGCAUAAAACAAGUCAGAGGACAAUGUUAUGACGGGGCUAUUGGAGCUUCUUGCAAAAGAAAGGACAUGAUUAGAGAGAAACAUCGAGAGGAUGUAAUAAAAGCCAUAGGUAGUGGGCAGAUUAGCACUGGCAGAGGGUUAAAUCAAGAUCAAACUCUUCAGAGAGCUGGUGACACUCGUUGGGGCUCACACUACAGAACUCUCUCAAGUCUAGUGAAGUUGUUCCCUGCAGUCAUGUCUGUUCUGAAAUAUGUGGAGAAAGAAGGUAAAAAUGAAAAGAAAAGUCAGGCGCGUGGUCUUGUAGCAUAUUUUGAGACCUUUGAUUUUGUGUUUUAUUUGCACAUGAUGCUGCAUAUAUUAGGAAAUGCAAAUACUUUGUCACAUUCUUUACAAAAGAAGGAUCAAGACAUCCUAAAUGCCAUGUCAUGUGUCAAGUCCACAAGGAAUGAGCUACAAGAACUAAGGGAGAAUGGAUGGGACUCACUGAUACAGAAGACAUAUUCAUUUUGUGAAGAACAUCACAUUGAGAAGGCGGACAUGCAGGAGCAAUAUAUCAAUCGACACAAACCAAGACAAAAAACUAAUAAGACAAACCUCCAGCAUUACCGAGUAGAGUGUCUUAAUUAUGUUAUUGACUGGCAACUUCAAGAGUUUGAUGACCGUUUCAAUGAGGUAAAUUCUGCAUUACUUGGUCACAUGGCUUCUUUCAACCCAAACGAUGGAUUUGUUGCUUUUAACUUGGAUAGCUUAGUGAAGCUAGCUGAGUUUUAUCCAGAUGAUUUUGAUUCAAAAAAAAUGGAUGAUCUUGGUCCUGAACUGCGCACUUACAUUGAUAAUGUGCGAGCGGAUGAAAGGUUUGCUAAUUUGGACGGGAUUGCUGAUCUUGCGAAGUUAAUGGUGCAGACAAAUAAACAUGUUACUUUUCCCUUGGUCUAUCAUCUUCUAAAGUUAGUAUUGAUAUUACCAGUUGCAACAGCAUCCGUGGAGAGAUGCUUUUCAGCUAUGAAUGUUGUCAAGAAAAAGUUGCGCAACAAAAUUGGUGAUCAGUUCAUGAGUGAUUGUCUAAUUUGCUAUGUGGAGAAAGAGAUGUUUUCUCCCAUUAGUAAUGAUGCUGCGUUUGAUCUUUUUAAGGCGAUAAAAGAUCGAAAAGGGAAGCUCUAA